GCAGAAUUUGCCAAAAAUCCAUUUGAUGGAGCCUUCAUUCUUACAAAGUAUGAAUUGAUAGAAUUAAAAUAACUCUCAAGACAUACAACCCCUUGUUGUGUUCCAACACAAAACCAACAUAAACUUUUCCACCAUAAAGUCAGCUUUAGUCUUUUCGGCUACGAAUCACACCCCCAAUACCCUGCAACAUCUUUCUAAAGAAACUCCGUGCACGCUAUAACUUUUAAUUUUCAACAUAAAAUUCGCCUCCUCUCACGUCCAAAUCGGAGAAAUCAAACCCUAACUUUAGCACACAAAACCCAAAGCAAACGUCCCCUUCACAGUUAUGCUAUCUUGUAGAGCUCGUUAACGAGCUCUGACGCGCAGAAUACGGCAGUCAGCUGAAGCAUUUAAAGCAUUUCCUUCAGAAAGCAGCUCUCGAGAAAGCAAGAUUUCGAAGAGAAAUAAAAAUGAUUCAAAUCAACGAAACGGUGGCGAACUGCACGAAAGUAUCACUUCACCGGAAACCAAACAGUUCCGUUUCCGAUCCACUUCCGACUGAGAACCCAAAUUAACAGCUACACCGGCGAAAACGAAACGAAGUUGAAAGGAACUAGUCUCAACGGUAAGCUCAUCCGCAGCUCGAGAAUCCAAAUUGGAUUGUUCGGAACUGAGUGAACCAGGGAAAAGAAGAAAGCGAAGGAAAGGAAUGGAAAAAAAUGGAAUUUAUGGGAUCAAGGAGAAGGAAACAGAGUUGUUCGCCGGGAAAUCAGAGGAGGAAGAAAAACAGAGCAAAAAUAAAAGAGGCUUUCUUUU